AGGCCCUUAAUUAGUUUUAUAUCAACUUAUUUUUUACCCGUAUUUACUUUAGGUAAAAAACAAUUACAUGUCUUUACUGACAGUGGCAUUCUGUUGCAGGUGAAUGGGGGCAGUUUGGCAGAGAAGGCAGGGCUACAGGUGGCUGAUGCUGUCAUCAAGGUCAAUGGACAAGAUGUGUACAACUUAAGGCACAAGGAUGCUCAGGACGCAAUAGUCAAAGCUGGAAACUCCUUUGAAGUCGUUGUCUCCAGAGGGCCUGGAGGAACAUGGAAGCCCUCCGUCAUGCCAGUCGGGAACGUCCCUGCACCCUCCCCUGUGGGAGGAGCUCCUGCCCCUGUUACCAAGACUUCCCUAGCCUACAAAGGCCCAGCGAGCCCUGCCAUAGGCACCGGCCACAAUGUAGCUGCCAGACCUUUCUCUGCAGCACCUCAGCUGAAUGGUGUGGGUGACCAGGGCAGUGUCAAGUCUAUCACGUCCAAGCAGUACAACAAUCCCGUGGGCCUGUACAGCGAGCAGACCAUUGCCGAGACGUUGUCGGCCCAGGCUGAGGUGUUGGCGGGCGGGGCGGAGUACUUGGUGUGAACUUCAUGAAGAAUGAGAAGACAUACAACGCAACCAACAGUGAAGUUUUAAAGAUGGUACAGGAAAUUGAUAAGGAACCCAAGGAACCAGAACCAGGUAAAGUUAUUAAU